UGGGAAAAUUAUGAAACUAGUAUAAGCUGGUAUAUUUAACGUCCCAAAACAGUAUAUUGUAAAAUUUCAUAUUCGGUCACCUAGCAUCAGUGUUAAAAUUUGCAGCAUGGCGGAAACAGAGCCCGAGGUCGAGGUCAACGGUGAAGCUGAAGGCGAGGCCGAAGACGAUUCCCAAGAGCAGGACAAAAAGCAAAAGAAGCAAACGCGUCACGAUGGCGGCGCCGCUGAUUUGGAACGUGUGACGGAUUACGCCGAGGAGAAGGAGAUUUCAGCGGCGAAUAUUUCAAGUGCUGUGGAACAAUUUGGCAAUCAGCGUGACAAGGAGAACAGUCUGAGGGUGGCCAGGGAGAAGGAGCUGCAAAAGGUGCAGGUGAAGAAGGAGGACAUUGAACUGAUCAUGAACGAGCUGCUGGUUAGCAAAACGUUGGCUGAGAAGGUGCUGCGGGAGCAGAGCGGCGAUGUUGUGGCCGCCUUGGAAGCCAUCAUUAGCAAUUAAUGAUGCAACUGCUCUCGCCCAAGUUGUCGUCGUCGUUUCUUUUACUUAGCAUAACACUGCUUUAUUUGUACAUUUAUAACUAGUAAAAAACAACAAAAAAAAACAAACAAAAUCAAUUUUUAACAUAA